AAUGCAACAAUCUAUAAUGCCCAAUAAGUAAGAAGUUGUCAGUUGACAUUAAUCUAUAUAUACAAGCAGGAAGCAGCAAAUUAAAGUAAUUGAAAAUGCUUUUAGGAACCACUUCUUCCUUUCCAAAUGUCCCACAAGGCGUGGAGAGCUACUCAAUCACCGAAGACGUUGUUUCCUCGUCUCUUGAAGCGAACUCCGCCGCAGAAUCUCAUCCAACCUCUCUCCUCUACAGUUUCUCAACUCUCAAGGACAAGCUUCACCAGGUGCAGUCCCUCGUCAGCAUCCUCAUCUCCCCGGACUAUACUCAAACUAGCGAGUCAACCAUAUCCUUAGCCGUCGCCAGCAUGAACACUGCAAUCCAAGAAAUCAUCAUGGUAGCCUCCUCCAUGAUGUUCACCUGCCAACAAAUAGCCCUCGGUUCGUCUCCAAGGAGCGCUAGCCCCGACGAAAUGCCGCACCACCAGCGUCAAAUCCGAUUUCCUCCACCCAACUUCGGCGGCAAUCGGCCGGCGCAAGGUUUCCACUCUACCGAUACGCUCGACUGCUGGUACGGUGAAGCCUAUAAUAACAACUGCAGUAACAAGGAAGACAAUCGGAGUGCUGUUGUCAAUAGGGUGGAAGGGAGAGAUCGCGAUCGAGAAGUGCUUCAAGCGGGUGAUAACAGCGAAACAUUAGAAGGGCUUUCACCGAAGAACUACGACAUCAUUGAAUUGGAUGCCGCGGAUCUGUUGGCAAAGUACACGCAUUAUUGCAAAGUUUGUGGGAAAGGGUUCAAGCGAGACGCGAAUCUGAGAAUGCACAUGAGGGCCCACGGAGACGAAUACAAGACAAGCGCUGCUCUAAGCAACCCCAUGAAGAACAAUAUUAACGGGAGCCCGUCAGGUAAUAACAACGACAGUAAUCUGAUAAAAUUUCCUAGGAAAUAUUCGUGCCCGCAAGAAGGGUGUCGGUGGAAUCAAAAGCAUGCCAAGUUCCAGCCUCUGAAAUCAAUGAUUUGCGUGAAGAAUCACUACAAGAGGAGCCAUUGCCCGAAGAUGUACAUUUGCAAGCGAUGCAACCAGAAGCAGUUUUCUGUUCUGUCGGAUUUAAGGACGCAUGAGAAGCACUGCGGGGAUCAGAAGUGGCAAUGCGUAUGCGGUACAACGUUUUCUAGGAAAGACAAACUUAUGGGGCAUGUUGCUUUGUUCGUGGGGCACACCCCGGCAAGCAAGCCUUUGUCGAAACUAGUAAAAGAAGACCACCACCAAGCACUGCAAAUGCUAUAUUAGAUAUGAUAUUGAUCAUCUCACCGUUCCCUUCCCUUUUGUCUGCUAUACGUUUUAAAUUUGAGGUACUUAUAAUGAAGUCUACCAGCUAAUAUAUAAAUGCUAAAUUGUUUCUGAGGAGAAACAGUACGUGCAUUAUUUUGAAGAUUAUA